AUGGAGGCUCAGUGGCGUCAGGGCGGCCGGGGCCGCGGCCGCGCCAGGCCCGGGGACGAGCUCGCCGCUCGCUCUGGGGCGGCCGCCCGGCCCCCGGCCGCUCGGGGCCGCGGCGGUGCCCGCGCUGCGGCAGCGGGGUCCAUCGGCGAAGGGGCCAGCGAAUUAUCUUCACUGAAAAAAUUUGAUGAAAUUAAGAAGGCUAAUCAGGCUGCAGCAAAAAAGCUAGUCGAAGACCAGUUAAGCUCCUCGUCUGAAGAUGAUGAUGAAGAUGCUGAAGUAAAACAAGGGAAGAUUUUGGACAAAACAUUUACUAUUUACACCAGUCAAACUGAUGGAGAUGCAAGUGAACUGGAACGUACAAGACAAUACAUGAAUGAGGCUUUUCAGUCAGGGGCCAUGACAUGUCUCAUCUGCAUUGCUUCAGUUAAAAGGAACCAAGCUGUCUGGAGCUGUUGUGGAUGCUUUUGUAUAUUUCAUCUGGUGUGUAUCCAGAAGUGGGCCAAGGACAGCCUCUUUCUUGUAUCUUCUCCUUUGACAGAUGACGAUUUUGGGAAGAAAGAUUAUCCCUGGCCAUGUCCAAAAUGUAGGUUUGAAUACAAACGCUCUGAAACUCCCAGUAGGUAUUACUGUUACUGUGGAAAAGUGGAGAAUCCAACAGUGGACCCAUGGCUAGUACCUCACUCCUGUGGUCAGAUAUGUGAGAGGGAAUUCAAACCUUCCUGUGGUCAUAAAUGUUUGCUGCUUUGUCAUCCAGGACCGUGUCCACCUUGCCCAAAGAUGGUCACAACAACCUGUCACUGUAAGAAAGCCAAGCCAGUGCCCCGAAGGUGCAGUGCCAAGGAGUGGUCUUGCCGCCUGCCGUGUGGACGGACAUUGCUGUGUGGGCAACAUGCUUGUGAGAACCCCUGUCAUGCAGGAGAUUGUCAGCCUUGUCCACGUGUCAGUAAACAACGGUGUAUCUGUGGGAGACAGACAGCAGAGAGACUUUGUGCAAGUCCUCAGUGGCAGUGUGAUCAGGUGUGUGGGAAGUGUUUGCCAUGUGGCAAUCACACGUGUGAACAAGUUUGUCAUGCUGGUCCCUGUGGAGACUGUCCUCGUUCUGGGAAAAGGUUCUGUCCAUGUGGAAAAACUAAGUUUACAUUGCCUUGUACAGAAGAUGUGCCCACCUGUGGUGAUAGUUGUGACAAAGUUCUGGAAUGUGGCAUCCAUAAAUGUUCACAGCGCUGUCAUCGGGGUCCCUGUGAAAUAUGCAGACAGGAGGUUGAAAAGCAGUGUCGCUGUGGGAAGCACACCAAGCGCAUGCCGUGCCAUAAGCCAUAUCUGUGUGAAACAAAGUGUACUAAAAUCCGGGAUUGUCAGAAGCACCAGUGCCGGAGGAAGUGCUGUUCUGGAAACUGUCCACCUUGUGAUCAAGUCUGCGGGCGGACUCUUGGCUGUAGAAAUCACAAAUGUCCUUCAGGCUGCCACAGAGGUAGUUGUAAUCCAUGUCCAGAGACUGUAGACGUGAAAUGCAGUUGUGGAAAAACUGUCAUUAAAGUGCCCUGUGGCAGAGAGCGUACCAUCAAACCUCCUAAAUGCAAGCAGCUGUGCAGUCGGCCACCUACGUGUCACCAUUCUACCCAGGAGAAACACUAUUGUCACUUUGGGCGGUGCCCUCCGUGUCACCAACCCUGCCAGAAAACCUUAACGUGUGGUCACCUGUGCCCUGUUUCCUGCCAUGAUGAAGCACUUGUGAAGCAAACUAGCUUACAUCAAUCUGCAGGGCCUUGGGAACAGCCAUCCGAGCCAGCCUUCAUUCAGACUGCACUACCAUGCCCUCCCUGUCAGGUUCCUGUAUUAGUGGAGUGUCUUGGACAACAUGAGGUUGGUCCAUUACCAUGUCACUCGGCAAAUCCCUACUCAUGUAAGAGAUUUUGUGGGCGACUUCUUGAUUGUCAAAAUCAUACCUGUAUGAAAGAAUGUCAUCAUGUUACUAAAUUGGACAGUAAUGCAGAUGGAAAGAAGGCGGGUCCCGAAUGUUCACAGUGUGAAGAGGAGUGCACCAAGCCCCGGCCAGCUGGCUGUCCUCACCGAUGUGCUCUGCCCUGUCAUCCUGGGAAUUGCCCAUCGUGUCUCCAGAUGCUUAAAAUAAAGUGUCACUGCAAACUAUCAGUACUGUAUAUUGAAUGCUUAAAGCUAACAUGUGCUGAUUUAAAAGAAAAGGAGCUUCUUAUUUCCUGCAGAAAUCAGUGUCCAAAAGAGUUGCCCUGUGGUCACCGAUGUAAAGAGAUUUGCCAUUCAGGUAGCUGUCCUCUUAACUGCAGCCAGAAGGUUAAACUCCGAUGUCUCUGUAAGAGACUGAAAAAGGAAGUACAGUGCAGCAAGAUACAAGAAGGCCAAGUUUCACUGGAAUGUGAUGCAUUAUGCAAGGAAAUGAAGCGGAAAGCAUAUGAGAUAAAAGAAGCAGAAGCCAAAGCUGCUCUUGAAGAGGAGAAGCGAAGACAACAGGCUGAACUGGAAGCUUUUGAAAACAGAUUAAAAGGGCGAAGAAAGAAUAAGAGAAGAAAGGAUGAGGUAGAAGUUGAACAAUCAUCAUGGCAAAAGUACAAGAACCUCAUUGUGCUGCCGGUGUUCGGAGUUGCUGUUGUGAUGGUUGCAUGGCUCAUGGUCUACAAUGACUGAAAACAACUCAAUAUUUAAUAUACCUCAGUUGGACUUUAGGUAGCUAUUAUUCCUAGAAUGUUAGUCUGUGUGUAACAGAAUUUAAUAAGCAUAGAUUAUGUAUGUAUACUAUUUGCUAAGAAAAAUGCAGAGGAGGGAAGAAAUGUCACUUUUUGUGUUAUUACAUACACAGCACAAAACUGAACUCAGACACUGAAAGGAAUAGUAGAUUCUAGUCUACAAUGAAGUGCUGAUAAUUUGACUGAAAUUUGUUAACAUCUCUUAUUAUUAGUAAUGUUAUUUUUCCUU